GCGCGUGACGUAUAGUGGAAGUAGACGGCCACAGCAGGUGACGUGACCUGGAGUCAGGGGCCGGUGUUCCGGUCAGUUAAAGCUUCUCAGCAUCAUGUCGGAUCUUGGUGACUGGUUUCGUAGCAUCCCGUUUAUCACCCGCUACUGGUUCGCGGCAUCUAUUGCUGUACCUUUAAUAGGGAAACUUGGUCUUAUCAACCCCGCGUACUUGGUGCUGUGGCCCGAGGUUUUCCUGCACAAAUUCCAGAUAUGGCGGCCGAUAACAUCAACAUUUUAUUUUCCUGUUGGACCUGGUACUGGCUUUUUAUAUAUGGUGAAUUUAUAUUUUCUCUAUCAGUAUUCAACACGGCUGGAAACAGGUGCGUUUGAUGGAAGACCUGCAGACUAUAUGUUCAUGCUUCUGUUUAACUGGAUUUGUAUUGUUAUAACUGGAUUGCUAAUGGACAUGCAGCUUUUAAUGAUACCUCUUAUCAUGUCAGUACUAUACGUUUGGUCCCAGUUAAACAGAGAUACAAUUGUGUCAUUCUGGUUUGGAACAAGGUUUAAGGCCUGUUAUCUUCCUUGGGUCAUUCUUGGCUUUAACUACAUUCUUGGUGGAUCGGUUAUUAAUGAGCUGAUUGGAAAUUUGGUUGGCCACUUAUACUACUUUUUGAUGUUUAAAUACCCACUGGAUCUUGGAGGAAGAAGCUUUCUGACGACGCCACAGUUUUUGUAUAAUUGGUUACCAAGCAGGCGGGGUGGUGUAUCUGGAUUUGGUGUCCCACCAGCAAGCGCAAGACGAGUAGCAGAAGAUGAACCUGCAGCAGGACGAAGGCAUAACUGGGGACAAGGUUUUCGGCUCGGAGAUUAAUGAAACGCACACUAAAACCUCUACACCAUGAGGAGUGUGUGCCAGAACGUUUUUGAUUUUCUUUGUAACGUUGAACUUUUGGACUUGAUCCGUAAGAGAACAUUUCUUAUGCAAGAGGUUGUAAGUGCAGACUGGAGAUGGGAACCUCAACACCCAACUUAGCAACUGCAGAGAUGAAGAAGUGGUAUCAUUGCUGUGCCGGAGUUACACUAUGUUUUGUAUCGGUUCUCCUCUAAGGCAAGAAUAGGCAGAACAGGCACACAUCUGGGAAAUCUUAUGGGAAAUCAUUCCCACUUUACAUAUUCAUUGCUAGUUUUGUUUAUGGACUGUUCUGUCAUUGAAAAAUCAAAGUGCAAGGACACUUAAUGUAUGUCUUAUCCGUAUAAUGCUGAUUCUCUGUUUAAUUAAAUCCACUUUUUUUUUUUUUUUUUAAACCCACAAAUAAAUAGCAAAAAUACUUUUUGAAAGCUUGAAUACCAGAUGUACCACCAUCAUUGUCAGUUAUUUUCAUUGGCGGAUGGAAGGAUAUGAAUCAUUUUAAGAACUUUUUAUAUGAUUUACUGCCGCGUUCUGGAUAUUGGAGCCUGUCCUUUUGCUGUAAUAAGAGAAGUUUUACAAUUAUUUUAAAAUUAAAGUUAAUAAAUUUAUGUAUCAAAUGGGUUUAGUGAAAUAUUUUUUCUUUGGUAAUUUGUCAGAUUUGUAACGUUCUUGUGGAACAUGCCUUUUAGCCAUAAAACUUACAAUAAUAAAUUAGUUUAACUUUUUUAAACAGAGUUAAAUAAAAAGAUGAAGAAAACAAGUAAUCUAUAAUAUGUAUUUUAAGAGGUUAUUUAGAGGGACAUUAAACACUUUGAGAUGGUAAUAUAAAAUGAUAAAUGGUAUAGUAAAAAAAAAAAAAAAUGAGUUUGUCCCCUUUUCUUGUAAUUCCAUUCUGAAAUUGUGAGCUUUUCAGUUCCUGUUAGAAAUGAAAGUGCAGAACACUGUUAAAUCCAGCACAACCAUUGGCUGCACACUCUAGUGACCUAUUUAAAACGGUCCCUAAAUGGCAACAGCAGAGAAAGUAACCUAAGUUACAACAUGGCAGCUCCCAUUGAUUUAUAGACAUUAAAACUUUACACUUAAUUUGUCACUAUUUAAGCAACUAAUGAAACUUUUAAAAAAAUCUACAUGUUAUUCAGACUAAUUUUUUCUUUGAAUGCAUCAUUCUAUCUAGAGUUUGUAUUUAAUUACCCUUUAAGAGACAUUAAAAAGUAAGCAAGUAGAAUAUUAUGUUGUACCCCUUUAACAGCGGUGGACAUACCCUGUAUGUCAAUGGUCCGUGUCGCUUCCAGGGCUCUAGAAGCAUAAGUCUUACCAACAGUAAGGCAUACAAAAAAAGUGUGGUCUCACCACUGUCCAUGAAAACAGCACUUCAAGAGCACUGGUAGCCCAUGUGACGGUCAACGUACAGUGUACAUCACUGUUUAGUAAUUACAUCACUUGUAUAUACAAUGUCAUUUUUCACAUAAAAAGACAGUUUUCCUUUUUUCUUUUUCUUUUUUUUUUAAGGCAAAGAUGUUGGUUAAAAUGGCCCUCAAUGCUUGUACCUUAAAGGGUCUAGUCUAGUCAAAAUUAAACGUUCAUGAUUCAGAUAGAGCAUGCAAUUUUAAGCAACUUUCUAAUUUACUCCUAUUAUCAAUUUUUCUUCGUUCUCUUGGUAUCUUUACUUGAAUGUAAGCUUAGGAGCACCUUGCUGAUUGGUGGCUACGUUUUAUACUUGGGGCCAACCUAAUUUUACAAACAAGGCUGAAUCGGCCUUUUUUCUCUCCUGUUACAUUAUGCAUUCAUUGUCUGGCAUUAUUCAAAUACUUUAACACAGGGGUUUAGAAAUGAAUAUGAAAUUUAAGAAGGUUAAAUACUAUGUAUUUUUUAUAUAAAUGUUAUGCAUAGCUCGCAACAAACUGAAGGAGAGACAUUUUACCAUGAGUUGUUGACAUCUUCAAAGACUUGACUAGGAGCAAAGAAAAUAAAUUUGCACCUAGUUAACCAAAAAUGCAAAUAUUAAAAAUUUAAAUAUUUACAGGGGCCGUGUGCUGUUUUUUUGUGUUUUUUUGUCGUUUUUAAUGUGUUCCCAAUCAUCCAGUUUGCCUGCUAGCGUGUAUGAAAUUGUUUAAAAUAAAUAGCUCCUUGAUCUUUU